UUGUACCCUCACUCAUCUCUCCCUUGGCAUGACUUCUUUGACUCUCUUAAUGACUCCUUUAAGUACCCUAUAACACUUCGUUUUUUUUCUUGUGUGGGGAAGAGCCCUCUCCUCUUCUCUCCUUCUGAACCCAUUCUCCUCUACUUUAUUUGAUGAACUGCUUCGUCAUUUGACAAUGGGCGAUUCAAUCCUUCCUUCCUCUUUUCCAUCGAUCGAUGCUCUUCCCACCAUUAAGAUCACGCAGACGCACCUUCUGAGCGAGAAGGAUUCGCAGUGCCCCAUUUGCAUCGAGAGAUUCCUGCUGGGGACCGAGGCCAAGCAGACCCCAUGUAACCACAUAUACCACUCCAGCUGCAUCGACGACUGGCUUGCCCGCCGGAGCUCCUGCCCCGUCUGUCGCCAGGAGUUCUCUCCGCGCGAUUCCGGCGCUCGGAGCGGCGUUUUCGGCGUCGGCGGCAGCGGGCGGGAGAGCAGUGGGCCGAAUCAGGGACGAAGCGGCGAUGCUCCGGCGUCGGUGUUCCGGUUCCCUCUUGGUUCGUCGGGGACGUAUGAGCAGAGUCCAGGGAUGGGUCUCUCCGGAUGGCCUUUUGAUUAUUAGUUAGGGAUUGCGCUAUUCAGUGUGUGGGUUUGCUUUUUUUUUUUUUUUUUUUCCUCCUCUUAAAUUGUGUUUUCCAGCUUCUCGUGCAUUUCAGUUUUUCCCCUUUUUAGAAUUAAAAGCAAUGGUCGUGUGUGUGUGUGUGUAAGUAAAUAAAUGUCUUUGCGUUUGGUUGUCGAAGGUUUUGUCCCUUCAAUAAAUCUGCUAGUUCAAGUUA